AUGCCGCCCCGUGGAAGCGAGGGCUACGACUUCACCCCCAUCCUCACCCACUACCUCUUCCUCUUCACAACUAUCCUCGCCGUUAUAGGAUGGUUUGUUGCGUUCAUAGGCCAGGCAGUGGCGACCGCCCAACUUGGUAACGGCCGCGUUGGAGUGGUAUGGUUCGCCAUUUUCCUGCAGCUCUUCCUCAUCCUCGGCAUUAUCCACACACUCGCGACCGACUCUAUCGCCAUGCACCGGUUCCAAAUCGCGACCUUCGGCUCCAUCGCGAUCGUCUUCGCCGUGCUCGGCGUCAACGAGGGCAUCUUCUCUGGCUCGUCUGCUCUGGACGCCAUGUCCGCCGGCUGGCUCAUCCUCGCCAUGGUCGACAUCCUCUGGGUCCUCUACUUCACCUCGGAGGAGGACUCGCUCAUGCUCCACGUCUUCAAUUCCCUCGGCACCGGUGGUCUCACCCCGCCCUCGCGCCGCCGCCGCGGCACCCGUGCGGGCUCGAUGAUGAACAUGGGCGGCGCCGGCAAUGGCUACACUGCCGGCUACUCCACCGGGGGCAUCGGGCCCAUGUACGACACCAAGAUGGGCGGCAGCAUGGCCGGCCCCAUCGGCGGCAACGGCUCCUUCCGCGCGGGCAGCAUGGAGGGUGGCGCGCCACGCAGCCUCGGCGCGGGCAGCAUGAACCAGCUCGGCAGCAACGCCGGCCCCGGGUCGAUAGGCGGCGGGGAGGGCAGCAUCGGGCCCGCGUCGCCACUCAUGGGUCCGGGUGCUGCGGGCAUCGGUGCAGGCGGCGGCGGCGCGCAGCCUGUCACGCCCGCCACGACAGGAGUGGGCUCGGACAGCGGGGUGGGCGAUGCGCAUCAGUACAGGGCGAAGGCGUUGUAUAACUACACCGCGUCGGUGGACGAUCCCAACGAGAUCACCUUCGCCAAGGGAGAGAUCCUUGAGAUUCUCGACAAGAACGGGAAGUGGUGGCAAGCAAGGAAAACAGACGGGACAGUUGGAAGUGAUGCGCCAUCCAAUUACCUGCAGAUCGUUUGA